AUGAAGCUUGAAGUGAAAACAAUCUCCAAACAAACCAUAAAACCAUCGUCCCCAACUCCUCCCCAUCUCAAAACCUUCCACCUCUCCCUCCUCGACCAACUCCUCCCUCCUCCUUACGCUCCACUCAUCCUCUUCUACCCAAACUACCAAGGCGGCGUUGUUUCGAGCUCCCGGCUCGACGCCCUCAAAUCCUCCUUGUCCGAAACCCUGACCCGUUUCUACCCGCUGGCCGGAACCCUCUCUCCGGACGAUCUCGCCAUCGACUGCGAUGAUCGAGGGGCCAAUUUCGUCGAGGCCCGGGCGGAUUGCACCAUGAAUCGGUUCCUCACCCAACCGGAUCUUCUAUCGCUACCGAAGCUCCUCCCGGUCGACCCAGUUGGGCCGAUCGUCGAACCGAGACACGUGUCGAAUGUUCAGGUUACGGAGUUCGCCUGCGGCGGGAUUGCCAUCGGAAUUUGCAUCUCCCACAAGAUCCUCGACGGCGUCGCGCUCGGCACUUUCCUCAAGGCGUGGACCGCAACGGCUGCCGGGGGUGAAGAGGAGAAAGAAACGAAUAGCGCGCUGAAUCCCAAUUUCAUCGCCGGGACUCUGUUUCCGGCGGGAGGCUCCCACUGGCUCCGGGACGCUUCGAUGCCGAUGUGGGGAUCGUUCUUCAAGACGGGGAAAUGCGUGACCCGGAGAAUCGUCUUCGAUUCGGCGGCGAUCCGGUCUCUCAAGGCCCGAAUAAUCUCUCCGGCGGGGACUCGGGUCGAGAUCGUUUCCGCUCUCCUCUGGAAAUCGAUCAUGGAGGCUUCCGAAAGGGUGACCGGAACCCAGAAACCGUCUCUCCUUACCCACCUAGUCAACCUCCGGAAGCGGGUCGAGCCGCCUCUCUCCGAAAAUUCCCUCGGGAAUCUCCUCUGGAUCUCGUCGGCAAAACACGAUCCGAAAACAGAGCACCCUUCCAAGCCCUCGGAUCUUGGUGAAUUGGCGGGGAAAGUGAGGGAAUCAAUUUCCAAAAUUGACGAUGGGUUCGUGGGGAGGCUGAGGGGGAAAGGGAGUGAGUCGGCGAUGGCGGAGACGUUUGAUGAGAUUGUGGAGAUGAAGAUGAAAAAGGAGGGAGCGGAUUUUGUGGGGUUUUCGAGCUGGUGCAGGAUGGGGUUUUACGGGUCGGAUUUUGGGUGGGGCAAGCCGAUUUGGGUGAGCAGCUACGGGGUGGGAGGUUCGGUGUUCAUGAAUCUGGUGAUUCUGGCGGAUACGCCGUGUGGAGAAGGAGUCGAGGCGUGGGUGACGAUGGACGAGGAUGAGAUGGCGGUGGUGGCGGGAAAUGAAGAGAUGACGAAAUUUGCUAAGUUUGAUCCCAGUCCAUUGGUAUUUGAUUAG